AUGGGCCUCUUCGAUGGCCUGUACAUCUUUGUCCAGGUGAAGGACCGCCCAUCAAGAGAUGUAGGAAGAGACAUCCGCACAAUCCAGGUGAGAGUCCCGCCUUCCUCCCUUGAUGGCAUCGCCCAGGAGGAUAUGGCUGACAACGACAGCAGCAUGUCUCGCUACCUUCCCCAAAACCUCAACCAUACUUCAUCCGAACCUUCGACGAACCACCGCACAGCCCGCCCAAGGACUGUCACCAGUGGACGUGCGACCACCUCCUGUACUACUUCACGUAUCAGUGCCAGGAGGCGUCUGGGGCCUAACGAGUCCUGGGGUGGGUGGCGAAUCCACAACCCGAGCGUGAAGAGUACCUACGCCGGUCCUGUGAGGGACAUCUCGAAGGAUCCUAGACUGAAGGGCAAGCAGCUGAAAUCCGCGAAUGACACACAAGACGACGAUCGUCGCAGGCCCUCGCCUGCGAAAAGCGAGUCGUCCGAGGAAGACGAGCCUUUAAGAAACCGCCAAAGCCUUAAGAAGCGCGUUAUCCAUUCUUUCACGCCUUCCCCGCACCAGACGCCACGCCCAUCGCCGCCGAAGUCUCCCGUAGGGCUUUCUGUGAAAGCCAGCCCCAAAAGCCCCCAAAGCCCCACAAGCCUCGAAAGCCGUGACCUGAAGGGAUCAACCUCCCUAAACGGCCCCGCGCCGGCGCACAAGCCUGCCGUUCCUCCUAUCACGGUCAGCAUUCCCUCUGCCCAAAAUCAGAGUGUCCAGACGGCACCCUCGAGUUGCUACGUUCCGCGCUCGGCGCAGAGUAGUGCACCUUCGGGUCAACAAGAGGCGACUGCGACGGCCACUGCGAAUGGGGGCAAGGCGUCAACUGACGGAAAGGGCCCAGCGCCAUGGAGUCGUCUUACGACCUCUAGCCCACCACCGGGGCCUACCUCGCUUCGAGCCUCAGGUCCAGCGACGAUGAUAACUACGACCGCAACCGCCGCAGCAGCGCCUGCUCCCUCUACUUCCAAAGCUGCGCCCGCUCCAGCCGCGGUCUUAAAGGCAUCUUCUGUCUCUGGAGGGGAGCCUGUAGUUUCCCAGGCUGCGCUGAUUGUUUCGACUACUGCGUCGAAUCGCUCAUCCGCGUCAUUGACUCCCUUGCCUUCGCCAGUCUUGUCAUCGACCUCCAUGACGUACAAGAGCAGUGCAGUGCCUGUCGGGCAAGCGCAACCCGCUCCGGUAGCGGUCAGCCAGCCCAGCCCGGCUCCUGCCGCCCCGCCAGCAAACACGUUGCCGACACCGGUGACUCCCGCAACCACUGUGCCGCCUAGCGCACCGAUCGCUGCUGCUGCGGCCCAGGCAGCUCCACGCCCACCUGAGCGCGCUGAGCCUGGUCUGCUCGCACCCAGGGAUCCGCCCAUGCCUCUCCGCAUGUUCCUCAGUGAAGGCUUAAAGCGAGGGACUCGCAACAUCGUCGCAGUAAGCUUGCUCAUUCUUGCAUUAGCUAACUUGCAGCUCGGAAAGGCGUCAGAGGUGCCUUUGUGCGACGCAGACUAUGUCAUUGUUUCCAGUGAUGCCACGAAACGCAGCCUUCCGGGCCCCGUCCCGCAGUGGGCGGUGGUCGUGGACGAAGCGUGGCUGCACGACAGCUUCCUGAACGAUGAGCUGCAGAACGUGCGUGAGUACUUUGUCGACCCGCCUGCUAGUGUCCCAAGCGCACAGCCCUCUCCCGUGGCCCUGGUCGCUUCGAUCAGCCCAAGCGCUCCAAGCCGCAAGCGCAAGAGCGCCACCCUCCCGUCCGCUGAAAUCGAGUCUCCCAAGGCAACCAAGAGCCGCGCGCCCAAACGCCCGGCCCCCGCACCUGAGCCCGAGCCCGAGGAAGACAUGGUCAUCGACGUGGACGACAGCGACGACGAGUCGUACAUCGGCUCGGGCGACGAGGCCGACGACGGAGAUGGCGACGGGACCGACGGCGACCGCGACCGCGCCGCCUCCGCCCCCCUGCGCGAGCCAACCGACGCUGACAUCUCGAACGUGUACUGGCUCGUCGACGAGCUGCUGAAAUGGGACAAGCGCGGCCCGAUCCGACACCAGCUUGAGCGCUGCAGCCGGGACGUCGGCAUUCCCAACGCGCGCAAGCUCUACUACACGUACAAGGAGUACAUCAAGAAGAACGUGCCCGACCUCAGGGCUAGGAGGCCGUACAAGAAGAGGGCAAGGGUGCAGUGA